AUGAAUGUGAACCAGGGGACGGUGGGCAGCGACCCGGUCAUCCUGGCCACGGCUGGAUACGACCACACGGUCCGAUUCUGGCAGGCCCACAGCGGGAUCUGCACCAGGACGGUCCAGCACCAGGACUCUCAAGUAAAUUCACUUGAGGUGACACCUGACAGGAGUAUGAUCGCAGCUGCAGGUUAUCAGCACAUCCGCAUGUACGAUCUGAACUCCAACAACCCCAACCCGGUGAUCAACUACGAUGGCGUCAGCAAGAACAUCACGUCUGUGGGCUUCCACGAAGAUGGCCGCUGGAUGUACACGGGAGGGGAAGACUGCAUGGCUCGCAUAUGGGACCUGAGGUCAAGAAAUCUCCAGUGUCAGAGGAUAUUCCAGGUCAAUGCUCCAAUCAACUGUGUUUGCCUGCAUCCAAACCAGGCUGAGCUGAUCGUCGGAGACCAGAGCGGAGUGAUUCAUAUCUGGGAUCUGAAGACCGACCACAAUGAACAGCUGAUUCCUGAGCCAGAGGUCUCAGUCAACUCGGUUCACAUCGACCCAGAUGCCAGCUACAUGGCAGCAGUCAACAGCUCUGGGAACUGUUAUGUGUGGAACCUCGCCGGAGGCAUCGGCGAUGAAGUGACUCAGCUCAUUCCAAAGACUAAGAUUCCUGCACACAAGCGCUACUCCCUCCGCUGCAAGUUCAGCCCUGACUCUACUCUGUUGGCCACCUGCUCAGCAGACCAGACCUGUAAGAUCUGGAGGACGUCCAACUUCUCGCUGAUGACCGAGCUGAGCAUCAAGAGCAACAAUCCCGGAGAGACGUCUCGAGGCUGGAUGUGGGACUGUGCAUUCUCUGGAGACUCCCAGUAUAUUGUCACUGCCUCCUCAGACAACCUGGCUCGUCUGUGGUGCGUGGAGACCGGGGAGAUUAAGAGGGAGUACAGCGGCCACCAGAAGGCCGUGGUGUGUCUGGCCUUCAAUGACAGUGUGCUGGGCUGAAGAUGAGGAGGAGGAGGAGGAGGGUGAAAGAAUGAGGAGGCAGUGUGUGCAGAACGAGGACUCUCUGGAGGAUGUGUGGUCGGCAACAGUCGGAGUUCUUUAAAUUUUUUCCCAGAAGCGAUCGUCUUGAGAGAGUGUUUGAACAUUACGAUGAAUCUCUGCCACCAAGAUGUCUACAGUGCUCUUCCCUGACGGGUGCCUGUAAGUAUAAAACAGGAGAGCGCAGGCCAAAUUCUGCUUAAAGGAACAGCACGCCAUUUUGCAGCAGCUUUCAGUGGGCAUAUUGAAAAGCGUUUGUAUCAACAGUCUGAAAUACGUGAUGAUAAUGAUCGAUCCCGUUGUUUUUAAUGUCCACUUCAACUUCACCUCGGUUUAUACAGCACCAUAUUUAUUAUAUCAUAAGGACCACAUUAUUCACUUUGACCUCGAUGUGCUGUAGAAUUGAUUUAUUUCUCAUGUGUGAUAUGUAGGAUUCAUUUAUUUCUCAUGCUAUUCUUAAUCAACACAUGUGGGUCAGAGAGGUUCAAGAGAAAGUGAUGUACAUAUGAAGAAUCCACAGUAAAGAUGUCAUUAAGAUAUCCCGACA